UGAUAGCCUAAAAGCGCGAUCCCGGCUCAUGACGCACGCAGUCAACGCAGUGUGCCAGUAGCACGUGCGUGGGAAAAGUAGAAUAUUAAAAUUCAAAAUGUCCAGCGACGCGUCCGCCGGGUUCAAUGGCGCGACCGACAGUUAUCUUCUUUUAGAAGACGGUAGUGUUUUCGUGGGAAAACGAUUCGGCGCCGAAGUGCCUGUCGAUGGUGAAAUUGUCUUUCAGACUGGUAUGAUUGGUUAUCCGGAGUCGCUCACGGAUCCGUCUUAUCACGCUCAGAUUCUGGUGCUUACUUAUCCUCUUAUAGGAAAUUAUGGCAUCUUUGGCGACGAAAAAGACGAAUACGGCAUACCGUAUUGGUUUGAGUCCCAUCGCAUUUGGGCUGCUGGACUUGUGGUUGGAGAAAUUUGCGAGAAGCCUAGCCAUUGGCGACAAACUAAGACACUUUCCGAUUGGAUGAAAGAGCAAAACGUACCCGGAAUAUGUGAGAUAGACACACGGGCACUAACGAAAGUUAUUACUGAAAAAGGUACUAUAUUAGGCAGAAUAAUUUUGGGUCAACCAUCACAUACUCUGCCAAUAACGCCUCCAAUAGAAGAUCCUAACAAAAGAAAUCUCGUUGCGGAAGUUUCUCAGCCGAUCCCAAAAACGUAUAAUCCAGACGGGCAUCCUCGCAUAUGCGUAGUCGACUGUGGUUUAAAAUUCAAUCAACUGAGAUGUCUGUUAAAACGCGGUGCUCGCGUGGACGUCGUCCCAUGGAAUUACGAUUUAAAAACUGCCGAAUACGACGGUUUGUUUCUCAGCAACGGUCCGGGUGAUCCCAGCAUGUGUCGGGUGACUGUAGAAAAUAUCCGUCAAGUACUCAGGCAAGAAAAACCUAUUUUCGGCAUAUGUCUUGGACAUCAGCUGCUGUCCAUAGCCGCUGGCUGUGUCACGUAUAAAAUGCAAUACGGUAACCGAGGCCACAAUCAACCGGCGACGCAUCGUGUCACCGGGCGUUGCUACAUGACCUCGCAGAAUCAUGGAUUUUGCGUCGAUGCCGCCCAAUUGCCGGCUGAUUGGGAGGAACUCUUCACGAACGCCAAUGACAAUAGUAACGAAGGUAUAGUCCACUCGGUCUUGCCCUUUUUCUCCGUUCAAUUUCAUCCAGAGCACACAGCAGGACCUGAGGAUCUCGAAUGCCUUUUCGAUGUGUUUCUGGAGAGUGUGAAAGAUCAGAUCAAUAAUCGUCCUUCUGUAUCUAUAAAGAAUAGACUCAAUGAGAAGUUGGUCUACCGACCUUCGGUUCCGAUCGUGUCGGAAAAACCGAAAAAGAUAUUGAUUCUGGGCUCGGGCGGGCUAAGUAUCGGCCAGGCCGGUGAAUUUGAUUAUUCUGGCUCGCAAGCGAUUAAAGCGCUAAAAGAAGAGUCCAUACAGACUCUCUUGAUAAAUCCUAAUAUCGCCACGGUGCAGACGUCGAAAGGCAUGGCUGAUAAAGUAUAUUUCUUGCCGAUUAUACCGGAAUAUGUAGAACAGGUGAUACGAUCCGAAAGACCUGAUGGUGUUUUGUUAACGUUCGGCGGGCAAACCGCCCUAAAUUGUGGUGUGGAACUUGAGAAGAACGGUGUGUUUGCGAAAUAUAAUGUUAAAAUUCUAGGAACGCCGAUCGAAUCCAUUAUACAAACGGAAGAUAGGAAGAUUUUCGCGGAUCGUAUCAGCGAGAUAAAUGAAAAAGUUGCACCGAGUGCUGCCGUGUAUUCCGUUCAAGAGGCAUUGGAAGCUGCUGAAAAACUGGGCUACCCCGUGAUGGCUCGUGCUGCAUUUUCGCUCGGCGGUCUCGGAUCAGGUUUUGCUAACACGAAAGAGGAGCUAAGAACAUUAGCGCAACAAGCUCUAGCACAUUCCAGUCAAUUAAUAAUCGACAAAUCCCUGAAGGGCUGGAAAGAGGUGGAGUACGAGGUUGUUCGUGAUGCGUACGACAACUGCAUCACGGUGUGCAACAUGGAGAACGUCGAUCCACUCGGCAUACACACCGGCGAGUCCAUCGUCGUCGCGCCGAGUCAGACCCUGUCGAAUAAAGAUUACAACAAACUGCGAACUACCGCCAUUAAAGUCAUCAGACACUUUGGCAUCGUCGGGGAAUGCAACAUACAGUACGCGCUCAAUCCAUUCUCCGAAGAAUAUUAUAUCAUCGAAGUGAAUGCCAGACUGUCCAGAAGCUCGGCUUUAGCCAGCAAGGCUACAGGCUAUCCUCUGGCUUACGUCGCCGCUAAAUUGGCCCUUGGAAUACGCUUGCCGGAUAUUUGCAAUUCUGUUACCAAACAGACGACAGCUUGUUUCGAGCCGAGUCUUGAUUAUUGCGUGGUUAAAAUACCCAGAUGGGAUCUUAGCAAAUUUCAUCGCGUCAGUACGAAGAUUGGCAGUUCUAUGAAGAGUGUGGGUGAAGUAAUGGCGAUCGGUCGUAAAUUCGAAGAGGCCUUUCAGAAGGCGUUAAGGAUGGUGAAUGAGAACGUGAAUGGCUUCGAUCCUUACGCGAAGCCGAUAAACGACGAAGAGUUAGAGAAACCAACUGACAAGAGGAUGUUCGUUCUCGCGGCUUCGAUCAAAGCUGGUUAUUCGAUCGAUCGAUUGUACAAACUUACCAAGAUAGAUCGCUGGUUCCUUGAGAAAAUGAAGAACAUCAUCGAUUAUUAUGUGCUCCUGGAGAAUGUCGAUCAUACGAAGCUCACGCACGAUUUGCUACUGGGCGCAAAGCAGAAUGGCUUCUCGGACAAGCAAAUCGCCGCAAUAGUAAAGAGUUCUGAAUUGGCUGUCAGAAUACAAAGGCAAGAAAAUAAAAUCCGACCGAUGGUCAAACAAAUCGACACGGUAGCCGCUGAAUGGCCGGCCAAUACAAAUUAUCUUUAUCUAACGUACAACGGCACUACUCACGAUGUGGAAUUCCCUGGCGGAUAUACAAUGGUGAUAGGUUCUGGAGUGUACAGAAUUGGCAGCUCAGUGGAAUUCGAUUGGUGUGCUGUGAGUUGUCUCCGAGAAUUGCGAAAUCUUGAACGUAAGACCAUCAUGGUGAAUUAUAAUCCAGAGACGGUCAGUACGGAUUAUGACAUGAGUGAUCGACUGUACUUCGAGGAGAUCUCCUUCGAAGUGGUGAUGGACAUAUAUGAUUGUGAGUGUCCUGAAGGUAUCAUAUUAUCCAUGGGAGGACAAUUACCUAACAAUAUCGCCAUGGAUCUGCACAGACAGCAAGCUCGAAUUCUCGGAACCUCCCCGGAAUCCGUCGACGGCGCCGAAAACCGUUUUAAAUUUUCACGUAUGCUCGACAGCAUCGGUAUAUCGCAGCCGAGAUGGAAGGAACUGACAAAUUUGAAAUCUGCUAUUGAGUUUUGCGAGGAAGUUGGCUAUCCAUGUCUCGUGAGGCCUUCAUACGUGCUAAGCGGCGCGGCGAUGAACGUCGCCUACUCGAAUCAAGAUCUCGAGUCUUAUUUGAAAAGCGCGAGUGAAGUCAACAAGGAACAUCCCGUGGUAAUAUCGAAGUUUAUCCUCGAAGCAAAGGAGAUUGAUGUCGACGCUGUGGUUUACGAGGGGACCAUCCUGUGCAUGGCAGUUUCCGAACAUGUGGAAAAUGCUGGUGUUCAUUCAGGUGAUGCCACCUUAGUAACACCACCGCAAGAUAUCAAUACGCAAACUCUGGCGAAGAUAAAAAGCAUCUCGAAAGCAGUAGCAGCAUCUUUGGGAGUUACUGGCCCUUUUAACAUGCAGCUGAUUGCAAAGGAUAACGAACUGAAGGUGAUUGAGUGCAACGUAAGAGUAUCCAGAUCUUUCCCUUUUGUCUCGAAAACUUUAGAUCAUGAUUUUGUUGCGACGGCAACUCGUUUAAUCAUUGGCGAAACAAUUGAACCUGUGGACGUUUUAGCAGGCUGUGGAAAAGUCGGGGUCAAAGUACCACAGUUUUCCUUUUCUCGACUUGCAGGCGCUGAUGUAACAUUGGGUGUCGAGAUGGUAUCUACUGGAGAAGUAGCUUGUUUUGGCGAGAAUCGUUACGAAGCUUACCUGAAAGGCAUGAUAAGCACCGGUUUUCAUAUUCCUGAAAGGGGCAUUUUGCUCUCCGUAGGAAGUUACAAGCAUAAAAUGGAAUUGCUGGAGUCUAUUAGAAAUUUAAAGAACAUGGGGUACAAGUUGUAUGCCAGCAUGGGUACCGCUGACUUUUAUACUGAACAUGAUAUCGAGGUGGAACCGGUACAAUGGACUUUCGAAAAUAUUGCCGUGAACGAGGAUUCCAGCCCGAGCCAACUUCGGCAUCUCGCUGAUUUCUUAUCGAAAAAACAGUUCGAUCUCGUAAUCAAUCUGCCGAUGAGAAACGGUGGUGCUCGACGUGUUUCUAAUUUCAUGACGCACGGUUACAGGACGAGAAGAUUAGCGGUCGAUUAUUCUGUGCCUUUAAUUACGGAUGUUAAAUGCGCGAAGCUUUUGGUUCAAGCAUUGAGAAUGGUCGGUGGAAAAGCACCGCGUAUGAAAACUCACAUCGAUUGCAUAUCAUCGCGCAAAAUGAUCAGGCUGCCCGGUCUCAUCGAUGUGCACGUACAUACCCGGGAUCCUGGAGCGGUCCACAAAGAGGAUUUCGCAUCUUGCACCGCGGCAGCGCUGGCAGGAGGCAUAACAACAAUUUUUGCGAUGCCUAAUACCAAUCCUGCUGUAGUGGAUCACAAGACUUUCGCUAUCGCUAAAGCGCAAGCUGCAGCUGGUUCACGAUGUGACUAUGCACUCUUCGUUGGCGCUUCAUCUGAUAAUUACAACGACAUACGAGAAUUAGCACCUCACGUAGCUGCUCUGAAGAUGUACCUGAACGAGACAUUUACAACUCUUCGUCUUACUGACCUUAGUGUUUGGAUUAAGCAUUUUGAAAGCUGGCCGAAGAAACAUCCUUUGUGUGUGCACGCGGAAGGACAAACCACAGCUGCGGUUCUACUGCUGGCGAGUUUGCACAGCAGACCGAUUCAUGUGUGUCACGUAGCACGUAAAGAAGAAAUACAAAUCAUACGCGCUGCCAAAGAACAUGGAUUGACAGUUACGUGCGAGGUGUGUCCGCACCAUUUAUUCCUCUGCCAGGAUGAUCUGGAUCGAAUAGGCACUGGAAGAGGUCAAGUAAGGCCUACUCUGGGAACAAAGGAGGACCAACAGGCUCUCUGGGAUAACAUGGACGUUAUCGAUUGUUUCGCAACCGAUCACGCCCCACACACUGUGCAAGAGAAGUCUUCCGAGAAACCACCGCCAGGAUUUCCUGGCUUGGAAACUAUGUUACCGCUAUUACUGAAUGCUGUGCACGAAGGCAGGCUGACCAUAGAGGACAUUAUAGAUAAAUUGUAUCGAAAUCCCAAAAAAAUCUUCAACAUUCCUGAUCAGCGUAACACAUAUGUCGAGGUUGAUUUGGACGAUGAAUGGAUUAUCCCAGAAGCAAUGCCGUACAGCAAAUCGAAGUGGACUCCUUUCACUGGCAUGACAAUUCGCGGUUCCGUGCAUAGAGUAGUCUUACGAGGCGAGAUCGCUUAUAUCGAGGGACAAGUGCUAGUGAAUCCUGGAUUUGGUCAAGACAUUAGGGAUAUACCAUACAGUAUGAAGGCUCCACCAACGCUUCACGCGCCGACAAUAUCCAUUCAGUUCCCGUCAGAUAUCGUCCACAAACCAUUGUCACUAGACAGUCUUCUAUCACCGAACUACGAAAAAUCUAAUAUACAUAUCGAUCGUAUCAUCGAUUUGCACGAAGAUGAACAAAUCGAAUUAACGCACCUCUUGCAACCGGCAUCGCACAAGUCAAGCGUCCACUUUGCAUCUGCAGAAGUCGACAAAGAACAUUCAAAGGCAGUGUCAUCUCAAAGGACUGUCUCACCAUUGCCCAUUAGCAAUGUCACUAGACACAAAAGUGACAGCAAUCCAAAUCUACUGAUGACUGGGAUUGUAUCGGUUCCAACUGUUCACACAAGCAACAGUCUAAUCGGACAUCACGUGCUUACUGUGGAUAUCUUUAAUAGAGAAAUAUUGAAGGAUGUCUUCCAUUUAGCGGAAACAUUCCGAAAUGCUAUCAGAAAGGAGCGACCUUUGGAUCACAUUUUAAAGGGAAAAAUUAUGGCUUCCAUCUUCUACGAAGUUAGUACGAGAACAUCAUGCAGUUUUGCGGCCGCAAUGGAACGUCUCGGUGGUCGCGUAAUAUAUAUGGAUGGUUCUACAUCGUCAGUGAAGAAAGGCGAAACCUUGGAAGAUUCGGUAACUGUUAUGGCAGGAUACUCAGACGUGAUUGUACUCAGACACUCAGCACCGGGUGCAGCAGACAGAGUAUCUCAAUACUGUAGAAAACCGAUAUUGAAUGCCGGUGACGGAACUGGCGAACAUCCGACGCAAGCGUUGCUCGACAUCUUCACAAUCAGAGACGAAUUUGGAACUGUAAAUGGCCUCACGAUCACUAUGGUUGGGGAUUUGAAACAUGGUAGAACCGUUCAUUCUCUUGCAAGGCUGCUGACCCUGUACAAAGUAGAACUUCGCUAUGUUAAUCCACCUGGCCUUGACAUGCCGAAACAAGUCAUUAAUUACGUAGAUGAACGUGGCAUUUCUCAAAAAAGAUUCUCGACUCUGGAAGAGGCUCUGCCCGACACCGACGUGCUUUAUAUGACGCGAAUACAAAGCGAGCGUUUUGCCACGCAAGAGCAGUAUCAAAAGAGUUGCGGACUCUUCAUAGUAACCCCGCAACUAAUGUCCCGCGCGAAGAGAAAAAUGGCGGUGAUGCAUCCUCUCCCACGUGUUUUCGAGAUAAGCAAGGAAUUCGACACCGAUCCACGGGCGGCUUACUUUCGGCAGGCGGAAAAUGGGGUCUACGUGCGCAUGGCGUUGCUGGCCAUGGUCCUUGGACGCAUUUGAUUUGACCAUGACGACUCGUCGACUGUGGGCCAAGGUAUCUGAAGGAGGUCAACGACGUACGCCAAGGAAAAUACACGUUUGCCAUAGCUACUGUGAUUUAAUUUGCGAAAACCAAGUCAAACAACUUUUAGACAUUCCAAUAUCAACUGUGACGAGCUUAGCAAUUAAAUUUGAAAAAGAGUACAAAUUAAAACAUGGGGAACAUAUGAUUAAUAGUAGAUCCGUUUUUUAGAAAUUUAAAAAAUUUUCCAACUUUCUCUUAAAAACCAUUAAUAUUUUGAAUUUUCUAUUAAAUUAUAUAGUUAAGGACCUUUUAUUAAAGUAACGCUUGUGAUUUUUUCGAAGCUUUGAUACAUUGCGAUAUAAUUUUUUGCGAGUAAUUUUAACGUAAUUUGUAAAUUUUUUAUGUGUAAAUUUAAAUGCAUUUUAUAUUUUAUAAUAUUCGAACUUUUAAACAAUGAAAUGCAUAUAAACAUUAUAUGCAUAAAAAUCUUUUUAAUUUUUUAUGUUUAUAAAGAUUUGAGACAGACACGCAAUAUAUAUUUUAAUGGAUCUUUUCAGUAUUAAUGCUAUAUUACACAAUUUCAUCGUAUUGCAAGAAUUUUUGGAAAAUAAUAUCAAAUUAUACAAUGUGAUAACACGAAUACAUAGAUUGAAUAUUCUCUCUCUUUCAAUUGAUCAUUCUACAAUUUAUGUAUGAUACUUACAAUACAUAUUAUGUUAAUUAUUUUGUAAUAAUCAUUUAUUUACAUUUUUACAUUGCAAACAUUCGCAUCAAUGCUUUUCAAAUACAAAGAAUCAAGAUUUUUCAAUUCCGACAUGCAUAUAUAUUACGCAUGUAGAAAUACGCUUUAACAAAAUCUAAAAGAUAUUUUAUACGUAUUGUAAACUCGCGCAGGCGCGCGCACACACGCACACACAUACGUAAAUAUUAUUUACAGUUAUAAGUUAUGAAAUAGUGCCUACAGUUUUAGUUGUAACACUGUUUAUUAGAGUCAUGGAAUAUAUCCACAUUAUCAUCUUAAUAGUUUUUAUUGCAUUGUACACACUGAUACGUAUAUGCCAGCUACCUUAAUACACAUUAUAAAACUGUGACAGAUACUGUAUGUGAUUUGAUACAUUUAUGAAACAGGAUGUAUUCGACAUAAUAUGAUUAUGUAAAAUGUAAAAGAGAAAAAGGGGAUAAUACAGCAUCCACUUUCUAUUUUAUUGAAUACUUUCGUCAAUAACCAAUAUUUUAUAUUGAAACUUAAACUAAUUAUACAUCAUAUAUAUCACGUGCCGUAGAGAAUAUAUAACCCUCUGUUCAAAAAUAAGUUUGAUUUUUACAAGUAAAAAUAAUGCAGUUGACAGAAGUGAAAAUUACUGGCGUUGCGUUUCGUUUCUUUCACAAAUAAAACAAAGGUAUAGGUUAUGUAACUUUUUCCCUAAGGCGGAAAGGUGAAAACAUAGACUUAGAAAACUAGGUGAAAAGUGCAAAAUUUCGCUAUUGAAGUUAAUGGCAAAAUUUUUCAUUUUUCACAUUUUUGCCCUAGGGAAAAAGUUACAUGAUCGAUACCUUGCAAAUUUCAUUAAUACAUGAAACAAAAAAUAUUACACUAAAUAAAUUCAAAUUAUUCUUAUUAACAUUCUAUUGGAUUUCGUGUUGUUACUAAAAAAAAAACAGGUUUAUGUUGCAACAUGUGUUUUUUCUUUAUCUCUCAGCUUUCAUCCUCAAUCCUAAUCCGAUUACAUUUUAGACAGCGAUCGUUGAUCCAAUUAGCCUAGAGAAAUCUUCUAUACCUAAAUUAAGCGGCAUUUUUCAAAACACCACAUAUAAAUUUAGUGAUAUAUUUUAAAGUUGCUCCAAUAAACUAGCCUUGCUAAUAUUUCUCGAGGUCAAACUAAUAUCAUCAAUAAAUAGACCGCUUUAUGCACUAUAACUUUUAUCUGAAACACUUUUAUGUAAAACUUAUAUAUUUCGCGAAAUAUUACGGUGUACUACUCAGUUAAACGUUAUAACUUGGAAAGUAAUUAAGAAAAAAUAACUUUAUUAUAGUGAUUUGUACAGCUCUUGAGACCAGCUACUAGAUUCUAUAAUAAAAAAUAAGGUAUUUUAUAUAAAAAAAAAUUCAUUUGUCCUCCACCUAGCCUUGGCAACAUCCCUUGAGAUCAAACUGAUAUAAUCAGGAGAUAAACCCUUUCAUGCCCUACAACUUUUAUCUGAAAUACUUUUUUGUAAAACUUAUAUAUUUCGAUGGAUGGAGUACUACGGAAUUAAUUUUGAUGUAAAAAUAUUAAUAUGCAAAUACGUAUUGAUGUGUAUUAAUGCCAAUGUUAAUCAAAACAAUUCAAACUAUAAUAAAUAAAAAAUUAC